UGAUCCUCAAUGGAGGACCGGGAAGCCCAAGAUGAUGAACUGCUGGCUCUAGUGAGUAUUUAUGAUACAGAAGAGUUUCAUCGGGCCGAAUCAGGCCAGGAAGGUGAAAUCCAUCUGUGUCUUGAGCUUCCCAAGGACUUCAAGCUGCUGGUUGAUGGGGAAAAACGCAUGGAGUAUGACGUGUCAUUUUUGCCUCCCCUGGUUUUAAGCUUUGAGCUCCCUGCAGAUUACCCUUCCACAUCAGCACCAGUUUUUACCCUGAGCUCCAAAUGGCUGUCCAGACAACAGCUAACAGCUCUAUGCAAGCGACUAGAUGAGCUUUGGCUGGAGAACCAGGGCAGUGUGGUGCUUUUCACCUGGAUUCAGUUUCUCAAAGAAGAAGCUGUGUACUUUCUGGGCCUGCAAUCUCCUCUGAAGAUCCCCAGCAAUAGCAGAAAACAUCCACAGCUUGACCGCAGCAUGAGUGAGGGAGCAUCGAAACAAGCAGAAACCGCCGGGGUGGAGAAGAGGAAACAGCCAGAACUGGACCCUCGUGCCGUUAUGGAGGUGGAAGCUGACGCUGACCUGCUUCGUCUGUUGCUGGACUUUGACGAGGCGCAGCGGCAAAAGGUUUUUGAUGGGAAACCCUUCUGCUGCGGUAUCUGCUUCACUGAAAAGCUGGGCUCCAGCUGCAUGCUCUUUAAAGAAUGUGAGCACGUUUACUGUAAAGCCUGUCUGAAGGAGUACUUUGAGAUUCAGAUUCAUGAUGGCAACGUCCAGUACCUUAAUUGCCCUGAGCCAGAAUGUACCUCUGUGGCUACUCCCUCACAGGUAAAGCUGCUGGUUGGGGAGGACGAGUUUGCACGCUAUGACCGCUUGCUGCUGCAGUUCAGUCUGAACCUGAUGGCGGAUGUUGUGUACUGCCCACGGGCCAUGUGUGGCAUGGCUGUGAUGCAAGAGCCAGAUGACAGCAUGGGCCUGUGUCCAUCCUGCCGCUACGCCUUCUGCACACUGUGCAAGCGCACCUACCACGGUCUCUCACACUGCCCUCGUACUGUCAAAGAGCUUGAAGAUGAUCUAAAAGCGGAGGAGGAGGAGAAAAUUGCCAUGGACGAAUACAACAGCAGAAAGUGGCUGGAUGAGAACUCCAAAAAAUGCCCAUACUGUGGCAGUAACAUCCAGAAGGAAGAAGGCUGUAACAAAAUGACCUGCUCCUUCUGUAAACAGCACUUCUGUUGGACCUGCCUAGCACCUCUCUCCAGUGAGGACCCCUACAGCCACUUCAACGAACCCGGCUCGAGGUGCUAGAAUAGGUACACUCUCUGCUUUACAUGUAGCUGCUCAUUGUUUAUAUGUACAGCCCAACUAAAUUCACGGGAAAAUGUGCUUAAUUUCAUGGACCUUGUAAAUAACACUCAUAAAUUGAAUGAUAGAAUCAAUGGAAGCUACAAUACACAGCACGGCCUACUUUAAUAAAUGAAAGACGAACAUUUUUGUCCUUGUUUUCACACAACUCCCCUCUGCAACCACAUAAUCUGUUGGGAGUUUUCCAAACUCAGUUACCCGAGUCUUGUUUUUAUCUGCUUUAGACUUCGACAUCUUGGACAUUUUGUCGAACUGAUUGCUUAGUAACCGAGCAUCUUUAGAGUUCUCUGUGUUCAUAAAGUAAGAAAUAAACUGUACAUAGACAAACUAUCUAGAGCAAAAUACUUUACUGGCUUGUUCUUUUGAGGCACAGCACAGACUACACAGAGAUGAUCAUGUGUGUAGAAAAGCACACUUUUACUUUGACUAUGGAAUCCCCAAAGGGACAAAAUACACUCAGUACGUAAACACAUUCAUCAAACAUUAUUAGCACACUACACCACAGAAAAGUCUUAUACAGUAAUAUCCGUGAAUUAGGUAGGGCCUUAUUUAUGUGGCUUCCGAUAUCAGCUACAUUUAGCGUACUGUGUGACCCAGUUUAAGCUUAGCACAGCAUAUAUUCAGAUAAAUAAAUUUCUACAGGUAAUACUUCUAUAUAAUUCUUUUAGGCUGUAAGCAGCCAGUCUAUGGGUAGAAAGAACUAAGAUUUUGCAGCAGCCAAUAAGAAAAAGAGGAUUCUCUACUUUUAAAUACUGUAUAUUGCGAACCAAUCCUCAAAAUAGUGUGCAGUAUGAGGCGGCUGUCAAUUUACACCCUACUUGUGCCUACCUUAUUGUCAAAAUUUUCAUGGAACACCUGACUAUAAACUUACCAAACCUAUCAAAAGAAUAUGAGAGUUGCUCCUUUUGCAUCUGUACACAUCUUUACACAUCUUUAUUAUACUGUUUUUAUAAUACAUACCUAACUAAUCCUAUUUUUAUUCAUGUGCGUAUUAUUAUUACUGUUAUUAUUAUGUAUGUAGUACUAUGUACAUAGACAUAAUGCCAUAUAUGUAAAUAGCUAUAGUUAUAAUUAUAUAUUAAUCAUAGAUAUAUAUGUUUACUAUUAUUCUCUGUUUUUUUGCACAAUGCUACUAUUUGCACUUCUGGUAGAU